AUGGGUGUUGGUAUCCCACAGGAUCCCCGGGUGCUGGACAGCAUGCUGCCGUACCUGACAGCAUACUAUGGCAACCCCCACUCCCGGACCCACGCCUACGGCUGGGGGGGAGGGGCUGCUCUUGAAAACAUUGGGCAUCAAGUUGCGGAUUUAAUAGGAGCUGAUUCAAGGGAAAUUAUAUUUACCAGUGGUGCAACAGAAUCAAAUAAUAUGGCAAUUAAGGGUGUUGCAAGGUUCUAUAAAUCCAGAAAAAAGCAUAUCAUUACUACGCAAACAGAGCACAAGUGCGUCUUGGAUUCUUGCCGUUCCUUGGAGACAGAAGGUUUUCGGGUCACCUAUCUUCCUGUUAAAAAAAAUGGGCUCAUAGAUUUGAAGGAGCUGGAGGCCGCGUUCCAGCCGGAUACAAGUCUGGUUUCUGUAAUGACCGUGAAUAAUGAAAUCGGAGUAAAGCAGCCAAUUCAGGACAUUGGUGAGAUCUGCCGCGCGCAUAAGGUUUUCUUCCACACAGACGCUGCACAAGCAGUUGGUAAAAUUCCGAUGGAUGUCAACAGCAUGAAAAUUGAUCUCAUGAGCAUCAGCGGCCAUAAAAUUUAUGGGCCCAAAGGGGUUGGUGCCAUCUAUGUUCGCCGACGGCCACGCGUCAGGCUGGAACCCCUGCAAAGUGGGGGAGGCCAGGAGAGAGGACUGCGGUCUGGGACCGUGCCCACCCCGCUAGCAGUCGGCCUGGGGGCAGCGUGUGAAGUUGCACAGCAAGAGAUGGAGUAUGACCAUAAGCGAAUCUCACAACUGGCAGAACGACUGGUUACAAAAAUCAUGCGUGAAGUUCCUGAUGUGGUUAUGAAUGGAGAUAGAGAGCAUCGCUAUCCAGGAUGCGUCAAUUUAUCUUUUGCAUAUGUGGAAGGGGAGAGUCUUCUGAUGGCUCUGAAAGACGUGGCUCUGUCUUCGGGAAGUGCUUGCACGUCAGCUUCUCUGGAGCCUUCCUAUGUUUUGCGGGCAAUCGGAGCAGAUGAAGACUUGGCUCAUUCGUCUAUAAGAUUUGGCAUUGGUCGUUUCACUACGGAGGAAGAAGUAGAUUACACAGUGCAGAAGUGCAUACAGCAUGUUAAGAGGCUGAGGGAAAUGAGCCCCCUCUGGGAAAUGGUGCAGGAUGGAAUUGACCUCAAAAGCAUUAAAUGGACUCAGCACUGAGAAAACGUCACUAUCCAUGGCCUAGAUGUGGAUUAAAAUGCAUUUUCUGUAUACAUUCCCGGACAAAUUACGCAGCACUUCUGUUUUUUGACACUUGCAAUUUGACUGGAAAUCUACGCUUUCUGAUCACAAAGUCUGAGAAGCCAAAAAUGAAACAAGUCUCUAUCCUGGAGAAAGGCAGGGUGAUAUUACACCCGUUCUGACACACAGAAAUUUAUGCUAAAAUAUAAUUUAUUUGGAAAUGUAUUUUCUAAUAAGAAAAUUAAAUCAGUGUGUUACUCGUGGGCCA